ACUGUCCAUUUCUUAGCGUUGUCUGCUGUGACGAGUUGUACAAAGACUGGAAGCAGCUGAACUGUCUCCUGUCUUUGCGCUGCGCAUGCGCCCCUGUUGAAAUUCGGUAGAGCGCGCGUGAGGCGGUUCAACGUCAACAUGCUCAGAGAGAUUCAACAGGUGUUGCGGCUGAUCAUGUGUUUGAAAAAACAAAAGCAUGGUUUGAAGACUACAGGAGGGCUUUUGGUGCUGAUGUGGACGGACACAGAAGCUUCUGGUCAAACUUUGAACUGCAGUGUUGCAGCUGCUGGUCCCUGGUGUGCAGGGAUUCACAUGAAAGACCUCCAACGUGUCCUCCCAGAUUUGGAGGAGAGCGUGUUUCACUGUGAAUGGACAUAUCUUGAGCCUGACCCUGAGGAGCUGUGUACCUUUACUGAACUGUAUGGUUCCCUCAGAUUACUCCUUUCUAUUCAGAUUAAAGAUACAAGUCUUGUCAGUCCAGAGUGGUGUGCUCACACAGAGGCCUUCCUACACACAUUCAGUUUGGCUAAUGCAGGGAUCAAAAUCCACCUCAAAUUGAAACUCAGUCAGCAGACUGUUCAGCACGAGUUCAGAGGGAAAGUUAAGAAGAGAGUUGCCAGGGGUAACCAACCAUCUCCGGUCUUGGACGUCACUUGUCGUACACAGCCUCCAGUGUGUGUGAAAAAAGGAUGCUGGUGUCUGGGAGGUCACCCUGUCUGUGGAAGCCAGAUACCCCUCAGUAUCCACCCUGAUGCCAUGGAUCAGGGCCUGUUUGGGGAACUCAGCCUCCAGCCUGUCACUCUCCUGAGCCCCUGUGUGCUUCAGUACCCACAUCUGACAACACAACUCACACAGAUCAAAAUAUCCUUUGUUUUGGUAUACAGCCCCAGUAAUGUCCCUGUCACAGGCCCCUCCAUCUUCUUCCAGAACCUUCCUGCACAUCUGGACUGUCAGGAACUGGGCAUGCGCAGCCUUCACUGCUUCUCCUUCAAAGAUCUUGUGCACAGCGGCGGCUUCGUGUACACAGUAGAACAAGACAACUCUGAAGAUGCAGAAGAAGAAUCCAAUCCUUCCCCAGUGCAGCAGAGCCUCCUGCUUUUCCUCUUCCUGCAGCACAGUGACCCCUUCACCUGCCAGCUCUCUGAUAUCAUGGGCACAGAGGCACUGAUAGAGCACCACCUGGAGGAUAUUCUGAACAACAACAGGCAGGCAGUAACAACAGCCCUUCAGACUGAGCUGAAAAACACACUAAGAGCCCAAAACCUCAGACAAAAAGAACACAAGAAGCUUGGUUCUGCUGCUGAAGUGAUUCUCAGUUCGUCCCUCAGUAUUGUGAGCUGCAGCAGUAACAUGGACUUCAGAAAUGCCUGUUUGAAGUGCAUGAAGGUGUGUGACACUCAUGAUCUGUCAGCCUCCCUCCGUGAAUCACUCAGGAGGGUGACAUCAUGGAAAUUUGUCUCUAAGGGAGGGUGCUACUCAGACCGGGAACCAGAUUACUUUGAACAGAUAGAAGAACAACUGGAGAGUGAUGAGCCAAAAAGAACAGAAAUCUAAAAUCUGUCUGUGAUUCUUGAAGGAUUAGUUCUGUGAGAAGGCUGCGAAAGCAUUUCACAAUUUUUUCUUUCCUUUAAAAAAAAAGAGCAUUGCUCUGCAUUAGCAGAGCAUGUUGUGGAUGUGCUUGCUAAUUUUGUGUUUGUUAAUUUAAAAAAAGUUAAAAAAAUUAUAUAAAAAUGAUUGUUUUUGUGUUACAGCAGAUGUGAUGAAUUCUGAAAUAGAUAACGUUACUAAAGAGAACUUAAUUAAUGAUCUGAGAUAACCCUGUGUUCAUAUUGUUUCCUGUGUGCUCCCUGAAAUAAAGUGGUUAAUAACAGCACACAGACAUAAGUAUGAUCAAAUAUUCUUCAGUCAUCACAAAGUCUGAUUUUAUUAUUGAGAGUGUAGGGUUACAGUAUAUGGUUCAUGCUAUUUGUGCUUGUGAGAAGUCCAGCUUGGUAAACAGGACUGGUUGAAAAUGAAAAUAUUCAAACAUGCCUCAGGGCUAACGCAACAUUAACAUUCCCAUGAUCAAUGCUAGGUGGCAUUAAAAGCUUUUAUUUUGGGAUGUAAAGUUAGCAUUUUAUGUAUGCAUUAUACAGUAAGGGUCUGAGGAUUUGAUUUGUUUGGGUUCCUGAGUAGUGAGGCAAAAAAAUAACUUUGCAUGCUAAUUCAGUUGAGUAGAGCAGUAAGAAAAUCAGUCAGUGAAUAUGGGAAAAGAUAACAAAAAUACUUGGAAAUAAGUAACACGGGUAGACACUGAUACAACAGAACAGAAACGAGUGGGUUAGGGAAUGAGGCAGCAACAGCAAUGAAGAGGGAGAGGAUCUCAGGGUAGGAAAUCUUUGGCUAAAUCAGACUCUUUGCAAAAUUGGAAAUCCCCUAGCCGGUAGAUUGUGCUUGAAUGUAAGUAUGAGGGGGGAAAGGAGGGAACUGGCACCAGUUUUAAAAGGAACUAAGAGAAAGUUCACAACAGAAAAUUUGCUUGGCAACACAUCAAAGGAAAUAUACAAACGUCUUAUUAAAUUCUGCUCGCUUUUAUACUCUUUUUUUUUUUUA